AUGACCGCCAUCACAAAUUCUUGCCAGUUCCACGGUCGUGACGACGAGGAUGCCCCCGCUCAUAUCAAUCGCAUCACUCGUCUCUGCAGCACCUUCUCCAUUGAGGGUGUCAAUCUUGAUGCUAGGUAUCUUCAGGUUUUCCCGUUCUCACUCGCUGGACGCGCAGCCGUCUGGUUCGAUUCCCAGCCCGCUGGCACCUUCACUACUUGGGCAGGUCUUCGCGAUGCAUUCUUAGCCAAGUAUUUUUCGCCAUCCAAGGCGUCUCGCCUUCGUGACCAGAUUCACUCAUUUCGUAUGGAGCCGGAUGAGCCGUAUCACUUAGCUUGGGAGCGUUUUCAAACCCUGAUAUCCCGUUGUUCUCAGCAUGGUCUAUCCGAUUGGGCGUUAGUCGAGAAAUUCUACAAUGGUCUUACUCCUGAGAUUAGAGCUCGCUUCGAUACUUCAGCAGGAGGUCAGCUUAUGGGAAAGAAGACGGUGGCUGAGUGCAAUUAUUUGUUUGAGAGCUUUGCCCACUCCGAUAUGGACUACAGCACUACCAGCAGGACUUCCAUUCCUGUGCGUACCACCUCGGCCGAUCGAGGGGUAAACCAAGUUAGCUUGGAUCCAUCGGUAACUACUGUAGUUGAGAAUUUGAGGCAGGAGUUGAGGCAGGAGAUGAGGCAGGAGUUGAGCGAGAUAAAGAAGAAAGUGGAUAGGUGUGAGGUGGAGUACAUAGCCGGUCAGUCUAGGGGUCCCACAAAUCCGUUCAAUAAUUCUAAUUCCAGCUGGCGCGGUAGUGGUAAUUCGAGUGGUUAUUUUUCGUCUGGAAAUCCUCCUGGAUUUCCAUCUGGUCAGUAUCAGAGUAGAGGGCCCGGUUUUUACACGAGUUCUGGUUCAGGGCAGUUUAGUGGGUCAGGUUCGAGUGGGCAGUUUGCGAGUGGAGGAUCGACUCAGGAGAGUCAAGGUAGUGUAAAGGCUCCUGAGGGUAGUAUGAGCAGGUUGGAGGAGAUGUUCGCUCAGAUGAUGACGCAGACUCAGGCAUUCGUUAAAAAUCAGGAGCAGACUAAUAAAAAUAAUGAACUUCAGAUCAAGAAUCAGCAGGCCGCCAUUCUUGAUCUUCAGAGAACAGUGGGUGGGCUUGCUAAGCAGUUGCAGGAGCACCCGCCGAGUCAGUUUUCGGGAAACACCUUCACGAAUCCCGCAAAUUAG